CACAAAACUCAAACUUGUCGUCGCCGCUAAUUCUCGGCUCGCGCUCCACUACCGCCCAUACAGUAAGUACGUAUACCAUUGCAGCUGUGGCGCACGCUAAGCUAAAGGCAGCUAGGAACGAUAUGGGCGGCCGCGGCGUCAUGAGGUUCCUCCUCCUUGUAGCGGUGGUGGCCGCGAGCGCCACCGUGUGCGCGUCGCAGCUCAGUCGAAACCACUACGCCGGCGUGUGCCCCGACGUGGAGACCAUCGUCCGCGGCGCGGUGGCCAAGAAGUUCCAGCAGACCUUCAUCACCGUCGGCGCCCUGGUGCACCUCUACUUCCACGACUGCUUCGUCGAGGGUUGCGACGCGUCGGUGCUGAUCGCGUCGACGGCGAACAACACGGCGGAGAAGGACAGCACGGCGAACCUGUCGCUGGCCGGCGACGGGUUCGACGCGGUGAUCAAGGCGAAGGCGGCCCUGGACGCGGUGCCGCGGUGCCGGAACCAGGUCUCCUGCGCGGACAUCCUGACCAUGGCCACCAGGGACGCCAUCGCGCUGGCCGGCGGGCCGGCGUACGCGGUGGAGCUGGGGAGGCUGGACGGGCUGAGCUCCACGGCGGCCAGCGUCCCGGGCAAGCUGGCGCCGCCGUCGUCCACCCUCGACAAGCUCACGACACUCUUCGCCUCCAAUGGGCUCUCGCAGACCGACAUGAUCGCUCUCUCCGGAGGGCACACGGUGGGCUUGGCCCACUGCAGCACAUUCGCUAGCCGGCUGCGGCCGACGGUGGACCCGACGCUGAGCCCAAAGUUCGCGGCCCAGCUGCAGUCGUGGUGCCCGCCCAACGUGGACGCGCGUACGGCCGUGCCCAUGGACACGGUGACGCCGCGGGCCUUCGACAACCAGUACUUCAAGAACCUGCAGACCGGAAUGGGCCUGCUGAGCUCGGACCAGCUCUUCUACACCGACCCGCGGUCCAGGCCCACCGUGGAUGCCUGGGCCAAGAGCGAGGCCGCGUUCGACAAGGCCUUCGUGGCAGCUAUCACCAAGAUGGGCCGCGUUGGGGUCAAGACCGACGCGUCCCAGGGGAACAUACGCCACAACUGUGCAGCUUUCAACUGAAUUCAGCUAUACUUCGAUUCUUUCUCUAAAAAAGAGAAGGAACAACUCUCUCUUCCCGUAAAAAGUAUACAUGAAUACACUUUGCUUUCUCGUUCUGUGAUAUAAAAAUAAUGAAAAAGUGUGCAAAGUGAUACGGAUGGUUUGAAUAGUUGACUCUAAUUGGUGUACCAGUUCUUCAAUGGGGAAAUACCCUAAUUGUUUGUGAUGGUUCACUUGGUGAUCUACAGGGUUUGUCAAUGACAAUGAUAAUAUUUUAGUUUGAA